UGUCGUCGUCAGCCCACCAGCAGCCACAGUCAGUAGUGGCGUGAUUUCGAGUUAUGUUGUGAGUCUUCUUCUCAUUACCAUCAUUGUUGGUCAAAAAUUUUCUUCGAUCGCUUCGAAAUUGGCUCUAAAAAUAAUGCACUUUGCGUUGGAAGCCGAGCUAUCCUAGUGCUGAGUGGUGUGGCUAAAACAUGAGCAGCUGGAAGGCAAUUGGUAGUAGACUGCCAAUAGUGGCCAGUAGAAUAUUUCCUACGGUGGAGGCAUGGAGUUCAUCGGAUCAGCUCCCGAAGCAGCAAGUGCGUUCGAAUCAAUCCCAGACACGCCAUGCCCUGAUGGAUUUGCGCCGAAAGGCGAUACCGGUGGAACGUCAGCGACAGGUCCUUCACGAACUGGUAGACAAAUUGGACCGAUCGCCCGAUGAGAAGAAAUUCGCCAUCCAGGAGGGGGCCAUCGAGUUGCUCAAAGAGCUGCAGUAUUCACCGGACAAAGUGAUAGUUGAACAUUCUCGUCUCGGGUUGGCUCUGUUGGGCUACGUGCCCCCUUUGCCGGGACCUGGAAUUCGUAUCCUGAGUGUCGAUGGAGGCGGUAUCCGAGGUCUGAUCACUGCGGAGCUGUUGCGACGAAUUGAGAAAAUGACCGGCCAAAAGAUUUUCGAGCUGUUCGAUAUGGUGUGCGGAGUGUCGACGGGGGCCAUUCUACUGUGUGCUUUGAUGUCGGAAAAGAAUCUCACCCUGGACGAAAGCAUAAUCCUCUACAAAAAGUUGAGUCACAAAAUGUUCCACCGACCGUCCCCGCUGGAUAAAAUUACCGGCGCAUCUCGGAUGGUACUGUCUCAUGCAUACUACGACAUCGAGCUGUGGGAGAGUUUACUGAAGCAGUACUUGGGCUACCGGCGAAUAAUUGACACUUCAAAGCUACCGCACAUACCCAAGUUCUGCUGCGUUUCGACCACCAUCUGCGACGAGCACAUCGAAGCGCACGUGUUUCGGAAUUACACGUUCCCCCUGAAUGCACACUCGGUGUACUCGGGUAGUCAUACGGCGCGGAUGUGGGAGGUGGUGCGGGCGUCCUCGGCGGCACCGGCUUACUUCGGAGACUUUCAGCUGAACGGCCAGCUACACCAGGACGGAGGAAUAUUGUACAACAAUCCGACGGCUGUGGCCAUCCACGAGGCUAAGUGUCUGUGGCCGAAUGAACCCAUACAGUGUGUGGUUUCGUUUGGGACGGGCCGGACGAGAACCAGGGCGUGGAAAGAUGGCCAGAAAAUUAUUAGUAAAAACAUCAUUGAACAGACGUCACUGUCAAGUUCGUGGAAAACGAAGUUUCUGCGAAUUCUGGACUCAGCGACGGAUACGGAAGCCACCCACACUAUGCUGAGCGAUCUGCUACCGCCGGGACGCUACUUCCGCUUCAACCCAUACCUCACGGAAUUCCUCUCGAUGGUGGAAACCCGACCGGAGAAAAUCUCCCAGCUGGAGCGGGACACGUCCGAGUACUUCCACCGCAAUGAGGACAAGUUCGAGCUAGUUUCCCACCUGUUAACCCGCAAGCGAAGUGUCCUCUCCAAGGUGUACAACGCCCUGGUACGCCUCACAUACGGCGGUUAAUAUUUCCCGGACUCCAAUAAUGUGUUCAAUUACGCGCUUGCACGUUCUCCUACCCAGUCAACGACGCAACGCGCGAAUCUUGUUUACUUUUAAGAAGUGUGUAAGUUAUUAAGUUCCAAAGAUUAAGUUAAAUACUUUCGCGCCAGAAACAGUAUCUCGAAUUUCUGCACGCGUAGCGGUCAGACAGAGGCUCAUUUUUCACUGGACGCCCCCAUUUCGAUUCGAAUGAACUUGAUUUUUAACGCUCUCCUCCGUAUUAUAGGUAAUUAGCUUACAGACAUGCCUGGUUUUGUUUAGUCAGAGACUAAAGCGUGUGUUUACGCUGUGAUUAAUAUCUGUUACCAUGCCGGACUGGCCGUCCGAUUUCGCAGAAGUCCGAUGUAUUCUCCCCCCGUUCGUUCUAUAAGAAGCAAGGUUACAUGAAUAAACAAACUUUUCAAGCAAACGAGAAAUACAAAUUGAUGGUUUUCCUCCA